CAUUAAACUCUGCCUGGGUCGGCGUGAGGCACAACAUGUCCCGCGUUUCGUUUUGUCGUGCUUAGAUACAGUUAACAUACAUAGAUAGUUGAACUACGCGCUUGUACAACAGGCAUACCUCUUGAUACACGUAGCGCUGAGGCUUGGUCUGGGAAAGGGACAGAUACUGACGUGUCAGCACGCUGAAGAUGGCCCAGAUUUUGAAGAAACUGGCUUUGGCUGCGUUCCGCACACGCGGGCCUAUUUGCUCGUAUCCUGCUACGCACAUUGGACAGAGGUUUUCCACUGUACGAGAAGGGGUUGACUAUGAGGUUCGACGCAUGCGCCGUGAGGACAUUCAAAGCCUGUACGAGUUGACGUCGGCCAACCAGUGGAACAUGGAGAAAGACUACUUGGAGUGUAUUUUCGACACGGACCCCUCUGGACUUGUGGUAGUGGUCACGCCCACUGGGGAAGUUAUAGGGCACAAUGGCAUUUUGUCACACAGUGACACGUUUGCUUCGUCGGGAAUGAACAUUGUCAAAGAAGAAUACCGUGGAAAGGGCAUAGGAAAGAUACUGUUUCGGUCCGUCAUGGAUGUCAUGAAACAUCGCAACGUUGGAGGAACAGCCCUGUCCAACAGAAUCACGUUCUAUGAACAAUUUGGAUGGACAAUCCCAUCGUUUACAUUCCACUAUAACAUGGGACCAGUAAAUCCGGAUUUCGUGAAGGAAGCGAGUACAGGAGAUUUUGAUAUCAUCCCAGUAGAAGACGUCAAUUUUGAUGACGUUGUUACAUUCGACGCCGACAUUCAUACAUUGCCGAGACCCUCCUAUAUGAGAAACUGGGCUUUAUUUAAAAAGGCAAAGACGUUUGUUGCCGUUCAGAAUGGAAAGAUAUGUGGAUAUGGGGUACUGAGAGCAGCGGAUAUUGGCUUUCGUAUGUAUCCACUUUUUGCCGACAGUGACAAAAUUGCUCAUGCCUUGUUUUGUAAACUGGCUUCUUUUGUGCCAGAAAACGGAGAGGUCAUUUUCACUCAGCCGGUUGAAAACAAGAUGGCUUGCGAGUUCGUUCAAGCCAACAAGUUUAAGUUUUAUCUUUCCAUGACGAGAUUGUACAAUAAACAUGACAUUAAUGUUGACAUUAAUAGGGUCUAUUCGGUUUCAUCCACGGAAUAUGCAAUUGUGUGACGUGGGGAUGAUCAUCGUGAUGUACAUAUACAUACAAUUACAAUGUUAAGCUCACCUUAACAGAAGGUUAUUGACCGACCUUAUGUCACCAGGAAACAAAUUUCCAUACCCUAAGGCCAUGGUCCUUAAAUUUCAUAUAGUUUAAUAGAAAGCAUAACAUUCAGGUUAAUGACAGAGCAUCGUGUUUUAUACUUCUUGUCAAUUUCUACUCCAUAUGGCUCUGAAAUAAAAGAAAUAUGACAUGUC